AUGUGUUUAGGUACUGCGGGCUCAGCCAACAAUCAGCUUACCAAUCCUGGAUUUCUCGCUCGUGACUCCAAUAGUGGAACAUUGUAUAUGUCUUCUGGAGUUGAUCGCAUAAUGUGUUGGCAACCAAACGCCACGACGGGCACAGUCGUUGCCGGUGGCAAUGGUCGCGGAACAACUACAUCACAGCUGUACGAGCCUCUUGGAGUUUACUUUGAUUCAUUGUCGAACAGCCUAUACAUAGGCAACUAUGGCGCACAUAAUAUUGUCAGUUGGCCAUUAGGUGCCACAAAUUGGACAUUGAUUGCGGGUAGCACUAGCGGAACGUGUGGAUCCACGUCAACGAUGCUCUGCUAUCCAACUGCCAUGACACUUGACUCAAUGGGCAACUUAUACGUGGCCGACACCAACAAUAAUCGCAUACAAUUAUUCUUGGCUGGCUCAAGCAACGGGAUAACAAUCGCCAGUGCUAAUUUUCCAGGUGGAGUGGCACUCGAUAGCCAACUAAACUUGUAUGUGACCGAACAAUAUAAUCAUCGAGUACUAAAAUUCAUGCGAUUAUGAACAUAGACGUGAGAGUUGAACAACAUGUUUGACAUUUCCUAGCGAUGAUCUACUUUUUAGUUGAACGUUUUGUCAUUCCAUUCUAUACCAUUUUCCUUUCUUCAUUCCUAUCGUCUCGUCAUUGAACACAAGUGCAAGCGAUAGAAAAAGUGCUUUACUUAUCUUCUUAAUUCUUCUGUUUUAUUUCUUACGAUAGGUAAAUCCUUUUAUUGUUAUAACUUAUUUUUAAUGAGAUCGAAAGUUAUUUAAGAUGCAAGUGGGAGAAAGAAGGAAGUAGAUAUCUUUUAUUGUGUUCGUUACAAAUACAAUAUUAGACAUCUUUUCACGGAUUCCAAAGAAUAGCGCACAAGAAUGAUUUGUAGACAACCUCUCUUAUCUGCUUCACGGUAUUGGUGAAUUUCAUAAGAACUGUCAUCGGUUAAUUUUGCUCUGGUCAAUAUCUGACGAACGAACUUUCCGAAGUGUGCGAUUGCUUUCUCAUCUAAGACGCGUGCACUCGAUAGACUAUAUUUAGUAGAAGACUGACUAUGAACUUAGAUCUGUGCUUAAUUCAAACUUCUGAUAAUAUGCAUACUGAUAGUAGCUGGAUCCCGUGUAAAUCGCAGGAUUGUUUUUUUAACCUUUUCUGAUCGACUACCAGAAGACAGAGACCAAAGAUUUUUUACUUGUACCUUCGUAGCGCUGUCUACAUGCAAAUAAGGUGGUCGUUGGAACAUAAAAGUUUUCGAAUGUCGAAUAGCUUAAUGUUGCAAUUUCGUGAUACAAGGUUAAUAGGGAACAACAAUUUUGAAAAGCUCAUGUUAUGUGGAACUCACGUAUGUUUUUGAAGAAAAUAGUGAGUGUGAGUUUUCAGUUCGAGGUUCGCGGCUCGCCCCUCCCCCCUCCCCCCACCUCAUUACAGACACAUAGCAACGGGAAAGAAAACAUUACAGACAUACCCCGCCCCUCUACU